ACAAGGAUAUCUUGUUUGCUGCGCCCAGUGCAGUGUUUUGCGACAGCCUCCCGGAUUUAGAAAUCACAGAAAUACCUGUUGCAUUUCGCUCGCGUCUUCCGUAUUCCAUCCUUUUCUGCGCCAGUCCAUGAUUUCUGUGUCGAGGUAAUUACAGGUCGGGUUUUAAGAGAGCAUCGACUGCCACGCCCAUCACCAUGGAACCCGUCCCAGAGACCGAGCGAAUGGAGGAGUUCCGCCCCUCUCCUCUUCCCAGUCUGAGAGUCAACGCACCCGAGUUCGACUACUUGCGCAAGCCGCCCACCCUUCGCCGAUCAACCGACCCCUCUCCAGCGUCCCCCACCUCGCCAUCUUGGUCGACUCCCACUCUUCCAUAUCGCCCUCGCGCCUCAUCCCCGCUGUCUACGCUUCAUGUCAGGUCGAGGUCUGCAGUAAACUUAGCACCACCCAUGGCGCGCACUCAGUCUAUGCCCGGCGUAAACGGGUCCGUAACUUCAACGGCCCGACUACGAAGACCUUCUUCACCUUUACGGCUUGUUCAUCAUGCCAGCACCACAUCGUUGUCAUCCGUACCAUCAACUCCUACUUCAGUCGCAUCGUCGCCAUCCUACCGAGCUUACGACUCAUUUUCCAGCAACUAUUAUACAACCUCCAUGCCUUCAACACCUACUUCCAUGAGAUCCAGGAGCCCCAGUAUUUCCAGUCUUGAAACCAUCCCAGACACCCCAGAUGCCGAGGAGGCCGCUCUAGAAGCCGAGAGAAUCGCGCAGCUUAAGGCCGAAGCGGAGGCGGCGGAAGGUGGCGGUGAUACCAAAAGCAAAGCGAAUGCGGAUGCUUUGUCGCGAGGCAGGACGUUAGGGUUUGUUUCCAGAGACAAGCGGAAGCGGUGGAGUGUCUGCGGUGCGGAGAGGAGACAGGAUCUCGAUUUGGAGACUAUUUGGGAGGAUUAAACCUUUCGGACCUGUCAGUGGUGUGUUUCUCUUGGUCCGGUACAGUACCAAGGAACGACGUCCGUCACAGUAGCGACACCCAGACAGGCAGAUGCGCCCGGUGUUCCCGAUCUGGGUACGAGGACGAGGUUUAUCUUGUUUGCAUACUGGGCGGCGGCUUUUUUCCAGUCUUUUCUCCUUUUUUUUACGAAGCAUAUCGGCAUCGAACUCUUUCAACCAUUGGG